GCUUCUGAGCCGGCGUGUCCCCGCCCUAGAGUCAGGAUGAAUACUGAUCAGGUUGCCCUGGUUGGCCAGGUGUUUGAGUCCUAUGUUUCAGAGUACCACAGGAACGAUAUUCUCCUCAUCCUGAAGGAAAGAGAUGAAGAAGCUCAUUUCUCCGUUGUAGUUAAUGCCAUGACUCUUUUUGAGACCAACAUGGAGGUUGGGGAGUACUUCACCGUGUUCCCCAAUGAAGUACUGACUGUUUUUGAUAACGCGCUCCGAAGGGCUGCCUUGACAAUUCUUCAGUCCCUUUCACAGCGCAAGGGCGUCUCCAUGAAACAGAAUCUUCAUGCCAGGAUAUCAGGUUUGCCUGUCUGUCCUGAGCUGGUAAGAGAGCAUAUUCCUAAAACCAAAGAUGUUGGACAUUUUUUAUCUGUCACUGGGACAGUGAUUCGAACAAGUCUGGUGAAAGUGCUGGAGUUUGAACGGGAAUACAUGUGCAAUAAAUGCAAGCAUGUCUUUGUAGUCAAGGCUGACUUUGAACAAUACUACACCUUCUGCCGGCCAUCCUCUUGUUCCAACCCGGGGAACUGUGAUUCUUCAAAGUUCACUUGCCUCUCAGGCUUGUCUUCAUCCCCAACCAGGUGUAGAGACUACCAGGAAAUCAAAAUUCAGGAACAGGUUCAAAGGCUGUCUGUUGGAAGUAUUCCAAGAUCUAUGAAGGUUAUCCUAGAAGAUGACUUAGUAGACAGUUGCAAAUCUGGUGAUGACCUUACUGUUUAUGGGGUCGUAAUGCAACGUUGGAAGCCCUUUCAGCAAGAUGUGCGCUGUGAAGUGGAGAUAGUCUUGAAAGCCAAUUAUGUCCAAGUAAAUAAUGAGCAGCCCUCGGGAAUCAUCAUGGAUGAGGAGGCACGGAAGGAAUUUGAAGAUUUUUGGAAAUCCUAUAAGAAUGAUCCUUUUGCAGGAAGGAAUGAAAUACUGGCCAGCUUGUGCCCACAGGUGUUUGGGAUGUAUCUGGUAAAGCUUGCUGUGGCCCUGGUGCUGGCUGGUGGGAUUCAAAGGACUGAUGCUGCAGGAACACGGGUCAGAGGUGAACCUCACCUUUUGCUCGUUGGAGAUCCUGGGACAGGAAAAUCUCAAUUCCUCAAGUACGCAGCAAAGAUUACACCACGGUCUGUGCUGACCACCGGAAUCGGAUCUACUAGUGCAGGUCUGACUGUAACCGCUGUGAAAGACUCUGGGGAGUGGAAUUUGGAGGCAGGUGCGCUAGUGCUGGCCGAUGCUGGCCUUUGCUGCAUCGAUGAAUUUAAUAGUCUCAAAGGACAUGACAGAACCAGUAUCCAUGAAGCAAUGGAGCAACAAACCAUAAGUGUUGCUAAAGCUGGUCUCGUGUGCAAGCUGAACACAAGGACCACCAUCCUGGCAGCAGCCAACCCCAAAGGCCAGUACGAUCCACAGGAGUCUGUGUCUGUGAACAUUGCCCUGGGCAGCCCUCUCUUAAGUCGAUUUGAUCUGAUCCUGGUUUUGCUUGAUACCAAGAAUGAAGAUUGGGAUCAUAUAAUUUCCUCCUUUAUCCUAGAAAAUAAAGGUUACCCAAGCAAAUCAGAGAAGCUCUGGAGCAUGGAAAAGAUGAAAACCUACUUCUGCCUCAUUAGGAAACUGCAGCCCACACUGUCUGACGUGGGCAAUCAAGUCCUUCUGCGCUACUACCAAAUGCAGAGGCAGAGUGACUGCCGGAGUGCCGCCCGGACAACCAUCCGACUGUUGGAGAGCUUGAUACGGCUAGCAGAAGCUCAUGCCCGUCUUAUGUUUCGUGAUACUGUGACCCUGGAAGAUGCUAUUACAGUGGUAUCAGUAAUGGAAUCUUCAAUGCAGGGAGGAGCACUGCUAGGAGGAGUGAAUGCUCUCCACACUUCCUUUCCUGAAAACCCUGGGGAACACUACAAGAGGCAGUGCAUACUUAUUCUGGAAAAGUUAGAGCUGCGGAAUCUCUUGGUUGAAGAGCUUAGAAGACUUAAAAGGUUACAAAGUCAGAGUGUGCGACCAUCUCAGCCGCAGGUGGUGCGGCCUGCAGAGUGUAGCCCAGGACGCUCAGGAAAUGAUUCAGAACGGUCAGAGUUCAAAACUUCAACCCCGCAAGAACUGAGCUGUGGUGUGCAUACCUCCUCUCAGGAAGGCGACAGUCCCAGGAGAAGCCCACUUCCGGAUCUCCCAUCCCAUCUGGAGCCCAGUGCAUCAACAAGUAGCAGGUAUUCAGCUGAGCACCAAGGUGGCAGAGAUGAGAGUUUGCACUGGUUCGACCUAAUGGCAACUUCUCCUGUGGAAUCUACCAGCUCUGAUCUUGUGUCUCCUGGUCCCAAAACAAAUGAGGAAAACAUGGUUGAGAAAAUCUUGAACAACAAAGUGCAGAGCAAGAGCAAAAGGAAGCCAAGGCAGAGGAACAGCUUGGAAGCCAAGCGACCUCCGUCACCAGGAGAGACAGAGACUGCACCGAGGAGAGGGAAGGGCGAGAGUAAGAAGGCAGAAAAGGUGGCACCAGUUUCUGCAGCAACAAUACCUGCUGGUGAGCCAGACUUGGCACUGACUCAUCAAGUCCCUAAGAAGCUGCACACACUGCCCCACAAGAAACAGGCCCAGGAGCACUGCAGAAGCCCUGCCAGGGUGCCUUCCACGCCCCCAGACCCAUCUCACUCACAGUCCAUCCCUGUGCACAGCCCAGAAAGAACGCUAGAAACUCCCAAGCGAAAGAGAUCCAAAUCACUUGCUCAGGAGGAAGAACCUGAACUGGGAAGUGUUGAGAAUCCAAGUGCCCCUCUAACCAAACUGGCAAAAUUUACUUUCAAACAAAAGUCCAAAUUGACCCACUCCCCUGAAGACCACAACCAUGUGUCUACUGACACAGUUAAAACAGCAGUUCAUAGUCCUAAAGUUCCCCAGUGUAAACCAAAGAAAGAAGCAGCUGUGUCUGUGCAGGUUCUAGAAGCACCAGCAUCUCCCUCGGGAGCCAAAAGCUCAACUCGGCUGCGAGGAAAGGCAAAGGGGCAGGCGGGGCAGCCACCGGAGGACGGAUCCAAGGAGAAGGUGCAAUGUGCGCCUGAGGAGAGUGUGAGUCGCCCCAAAGCAGGGCCUGGGAGUGUCCCUGGGCAUUGUCCUGCAGCUCGAGAGAGAGGCAAACAGGAGGAGGUUUCAAGCGAAAGAAAGAGUGGUAAGGUUCAUGCUCGCACAAUAGCCAAACUGGCAAACUUCUGCUUUACUUCCUCAUCAGAAUCCAAAUCAGAAUCCAAAUCAGGAUCUCCGCCUCCUCUUCCUGAAAGCAAGAACUGGAGCGGGAGUCGCCCGAGUGCUCCUCCUACAACCGCAGCCACAGCACUUGGCAGCAACAGGAAGUCGUUUCAGCUGGGGUCAACUGAGAGAAUGCUCCUUCCCCAAAACCCACUCUUCACUUUACCGGAACUAGAUGAUGAAGCGUUAGAUUUUGACUGGGAUGAAGAAAUGAAGAAAAAGCCCUGACUGUGAGAAUGAUUUUUGAUGCCGUUUCACCUUCCAUGACUCAACUCAGCACCCCCAAGAUGUGUGAACUUGGGUUGAUGAGCGUGUGGCUGUUGGCCACAUGGCAGGCCAUUCUGAAUGGGAACUCCUGGCAAAGGACUUUAGAAUGUCAGGCCUAUGUGCGUGACUUAGAAGUUCUAUAAUCAGUGUAGGUCUGCUUGAUAGCGUGCAGUUAACUGACAGUGUGGUUGAUUUUGGAACAUUUGUAUUCCCAAACGUGUUUUCUGUUUUUGUUUUUAUGUCUUUGUAAAGGGGAAGAGGUCUUCCUUCGAUUCUUUCUUUCAUUUCCUUAGGAACAAAUGCCAGGAAAGUAGCACUCAGAAAUCCAAUAUGAUCACAGAAUGCUUUUUCUAGUUUUUUUUUUUUUACUUGUACCUUUGCCUGAUGUGUAUAAGUAUGGAGACUAUUAAUGCUUCGAAUGAUUUGCCAGAAUCAUGUGGUAUUUCAAAUAGUUUUAUGUCUACUGUUGGACAUCAGGUAAGUUAGACUGGUGUUUUUCUUAUUUCUGGAGGUAUCCUUGCAGCUAUAUGGAAUUCUUAAGUAUCUGACUUACCAAACAGCAGAUUUCCAAAAUAAGGUCCUUUAAAAUUUUUUAUCUUCAGUCAACUUUUUGUGUUCCAGACUUUUGUUCCUUCAGCACAACUUAAAUCCUGUGGUGAGACGUGUGCAGUAGUCUCAAUCAUACAUCUACGUCAUGGUGCAUCUACCCAGGGCUUAAUAGGGAAAUGGGAUUCCUACUAAGUUAGGAUUAAGUUGUGUUUAAAACCAAGCCAGUUACUGUGGUGGGAAUAGAUAACACAGCUUUGUCUUUCUGUAUGCUUUUAAAAUCCCUUCUUCCUUUUGAUUAUAGUAGGGGUUGUAAAAUUCCGUAAUCACAACCAUUCUUUUCAGAAUCAUGUGUAUAAAAUAAUGAUUGAUUGGUUCCUUAAUUGUCAGAGGGACUUUUGGACAUGGAAAAUAUUCAAAGCAAUCAAUAUGUACUUUGUGUACCUAAUUAAAUUCAUAUGGAGAGCACAAAACUUAGGAAUCCCAGUUUUUCUUAAGCAUUUAAACAUUGAUUCCAAAAUCAGUUAAUUGAAUUUCCUGAGAAAUUUUAAUUUAUUGCAAGUUUAGCUUGGAUCAGGUCUUUGAAGUCCUGAAACAAUUCAAGGAAUUGAUUAAAGAUGUAAAUAAGCAGUGAUUAUGAAAUUUACUUUUUAAUAUUCACCUAAACCUAUUCUAAAACAUAAAGACUAUGGGUUAAGUGAUUUAUUGUUUUACUACUUUUUUAACAACUUCUCAAUGAAGUAUGAUUCCUGAUUUUGACGUCGUCCUAUUUUUCUAUACUAUUGGCUUGGAUUUCAGUGUUACUUGUAGAAGGUAAGGAAAAGGCACGGGUCUGGGUUUUGGACCAGCCGAAUCUCAGUCUG